ACUGCCGGAAGUCGCGCAACGGAAAAACAGGAAGUCCCUCCCCUUCCUCCCAGAGGGAAGACGGUGAGCCGGAGGAGUCAGUCGUAGGGGCGAGCAGGAGCGAUUCUGCCGGCAAACAGGUCAUGAGUGCGAAGUGAGCCACCCUUGGCACAAGGAACAUCAUCAGCACUUUAUUAACGAUGGAUACUGAGAAGAAACCAGAGAGUGACGAGGACGAGGAUGUGAACAAAGACGUAAACAUUUCUUCCCAUGUGGUGGAUUGUGGGCCUGUGUCUGAUGUGACAGCAAAGUCCUCUGAGAAUUCCACCAGCAAAAGAGGGUUUUCGGAAUCCUCCAACUUUGACAGUGUCGUUUUGGAGGAAGAAGGAAAUAAACAUGCUUCCAAACGGAUGAAAUUAGCGGAGGCGGAGCCGUUAUCCGCGGAGCAGGCGGUUCGUGGACUGCAGACUCCCAAGAGCACAGCUGCAGAAGUGGGCGUCCCACCGGGUGGGACAGUGACGGCGCCCUUCCUGAACGACUGCUCAGGCCGAGACACGUGUCUCCCCUCUGCCUUCUCCCCUCUCUGCAGUUUUAGCACUGUCGAUGCUGUUUCUCUGAAAACAGACACUGGAAAAAAGCCUGCUCAGGAAAUGGUUUCCCUUGACCCGGAAAGAGAAUCUUCUUUUCCCAUGAAAGAGAUGAGUGUUAGUUGUACCAUUGGAAACGCAGAUUCAGUUCUCAAGUGCAACGUCUGUGGUCAUUUGUGUUCUUCUUGCUCUGAUUUGGAAAAGCAUGCUGAAUGUCAUGUGCAACAGUCUAAGGAACAUGCCUGCUGCCACUGCGGCCACAAAGCAGAGAGCAGUGUAGCGCUGCAGAUGCAUGUCACACAGACACACGGGCCACAGAAAGUCUUUUCUUGUGAUCUCUGUGGCUUUCAGUGUGUGGAAGAAAACCUUUUGGAUGCACACUGUCUUGGCAAAACACAUCUCCGGCGUCAGAAUCUUGCUGCUCGUGGAGGGUUUGUGCAGAUCUUAACAAAAGAACCUUUUCCUAAGAAACCAUGUACCAUCGGAACAAAAAAUGGUGGCUCCAAACCAAGAGCUUCCAAACCAAUAGCAAAAAGUAGUGAUCCAAAAGGACUGAGAAAUGCUGGCAGCAAGUGUAAAGAUUUCACAGGAAGCGUCUCUGAACAAAGUGGAAACGGCAGCGAGCUUCUUGUUGAAAUGACGCCAUCCAAGACUUCUUUGUCAGAAAAAGUAGACAUCGUUGAAGAGAAGGUAGCUGCCGCUGGUCUAGCUGGAAAUCCUGAAAUCCAGAGUGAAAACGUAGGAGCUUUAGUAACCUCCGAGGGUCUCUUAGGUGAAUUAGCGUCAACCAGAAAUACCCUGCAGACGGCACAUGGUACCAGUCCAACUUCGAGACCAAGACCUGAGCGAAAUGUUCCCGUGUUGGGUAAUAGCUUCCGGCGACGAAUUAGCGCUUUCGCCUUAAAAGGCCAGGCAAAGAAAAGGUUUAAUCUUUUAGGAAUUAACAAAAGAGGUGCCAGUGAGACUCAGAGGGUCUAUGUGAAACACUUCAGAACACAGCCGAAGACAGGCGAUGCGGAGUCAGUGCCCAGACACGCAGACACGAGUGGCAGUGGCCGCACCCUGCGCUCGACUUCCUCAGAGACCCAGGCGCCGAAGCAGGACAAAAGAAACUCCCCUCUCGUGUGCUCCUUCGAGUCCCCAGCAGCGAGGGCAGCUUCUGACCGUCAGCUGCCCUGUCCUUGUACAGACUACGGUCAGAUAGCUGCAGGUAGGACAGAGGUAGAAAUCCACGUGAAGAGGUGCCAUGCAAAAGAGGUGAAAUUUCACUGCCAAAAAUGUGACUUUUCUAGCAAGUCGAGGAGGGACUUGGAUGAACAUCUGCACAAUAGCCAGCAUCAGCAAACUGCCUCUGUCCUCAGUUGUCAGUGUUGCUCAUUUAUUUCCUUGAAUCAGAUAAAUCUUAGAGACCACAUGAAGGAAAAGCACAGGAUGGGUUUUCUUUGCGCUCCUUGUAACCUGUUCUUCUUGUCUGAGAAAGACCUGGAGGUGCACAGAACAACUGAGAACCACGCUGGCUUUCCGGCUCCACCAAAGACUUCUCGAUCAUUUAACAAUGAUUUGGUUUUACAGACUUUACCUUUAAGUACUUUAGAAUCAGAAAACACAAGAGAUCCUCUGAGUGAGUCAGGAAGAGCAGCUCAGGAAGAACCAGCAAAAUCCCGGGGAAGCCAUGGGAAUGAAGGAAGGCAUUCAAGUAAGCCUCAGUUUCAGUGUAAGAAGUGUUUUUAUAAAACGAGAUCUUCCACUGUUCUCACGAGACACAUAAAGCUCCGGCAUGGCCAAGACUAUCACUUUCUUUGUAAAGCUUGUAAUCUUUAUUCACUGAGCAAAGAAGGAAUGGAGAAACACAUUAAGAGAAGCAAGCACCUUGAAAAUGCCAAGAAGAAUAAUAUUGGCUUAAGCUUUGAAGAGUGUAUCGAAAGGGUAUGUAUAGGUGCAAAUGACAAAAAAGAAGAUUUUAACAUUUCCGGAAAUGGAAGGAUCGAAGGCCACUUGGAAGGUGUGCAGUUGCAGGAGCACACCUACCUUGAGAAGAGCAUGCUCCCUACCAAGGAACUGUCGCAGUCUGGCAUGAUCACCAAAGACGAUGGGUUAGCCCUGAGCGCCUCUCCUAAGAGAGGGAGACCCAAAGGCAGCGUCUCCCGGACAUGUUCGCACUGUGGCCUUUUGGCCUCCAGCAUUACAAAUUUGACCGUUCACAUCCGACGGAAGCACAGUCACCAGUACAGUUACUUAUGCAAAGUGUGUAAGUAUUAUACUGUAACUAAGGGAGACAUGGAACGUCAUUGUGCCACCAAGAAACAUAAAGGACGGGUAGAAAUAGAAGCAAAUGGAAAACAAAGUUCAGAUAUCAUCGUUGGCCCCGAAGGGGGUAGCCUUGCCGCCCGUAGAAGACACAGCAACUCUGCAGUUUCAGAUGAGCCUGCCCACACGUCAGCCGGAUCGGGGCCCUCCCUUCCAGAAAAGCCAGGGGAGGAGCUUGGGAAUCCAGUCGAAGUUGAAGCUGAAGGUGUAUUUCAUUCUGUGGAUGGGGAAGCUGAGAGUCACCUCACCGAUAAGAAGGAGCAAGUGUCUCUAGCAGCAGAGGACCUGAUGCAACAGGGGGGUGCCUGUUCCCAGCGAGAUGCCGUGGGUGACAGCAAGUGCACUCACUGCGAGUUCACUGCUCGCUCUUCUGCGUCUCUAGAACUGCACGUAAAACGGAAACAUACCAAAGAGUUUGCGUUCUAUUGCAUGGCCUGUGACUACUAUGCCGUGACCCAUCGAGAGAUGACGCGGCAUGCAGCCACAGAAAAGCACAAGAUGAAGAGGCAGUCUUUCCUGAGCUCUUCGAACGUGGGGGCCAGUUCUGCAGAAAUGUCCCAAACCAGCACCGUUCCUGAGGAGCAGCGUCCAGAAAAUUCUGAAGCGUUUCAACUAACUUCACACCAACCACUGGAAGCUCUUAAAUGCAGAAAUACUGCCGAUUGUCCAAUUUUAGAUGCAAAUACCAAUUUGGACAUGUCAAAAGUACUCUGUGCCCCUGACACUGUGGAAGUUGAGACUGAAGAAGGGUCUCAUCUCGGCGAAGGCCCUUCCUUCUGUGACACCUUCCAGCAGCCCCUCGCCAAGGAUGGAGUUAGGAAACCCGAGGAAGCGCUGUCCCUUAACAUUCCCUCUAGUUAUGGCUCCCCAAGCAAAUUCCAGAAUGAAAAUUCGAGAAGUUCCGCUUUGAGUUAUGAGACAGCAAAGACAAACCACGAUAGGCUGAGUGACAUUGGUGACGCAGACACACGUGAGAGCCUGGGACGACGUGCAGGAGGACGUGCAGGCGAAGCCCUCAGCAAGCAGGUCGCUCCUGGAGCUCCUGGCGGAACGGGUUCGGCGGAGAGCUCCGUCCCUGUCGUGACGAGAGUGGCAGGAGGACAGCUCAGCCUGGAUGGCGGGGGUCAGGGCGGAGCUGGCAGUGUGCAGAGUUCAGGGCGUUUGAAGGAUGUGCGGGAAGACCCAGUUCUGGAGAGCAAGGAAAUUGUCAUGAAUUCGCAGCACGAAACUGAAAUUAUUUUGGAAGAGGAUGGUCUGGCUUCCGAUAGCACAAUUGAGGGGAACGACGUUUAUGAAACUAUAAUCAGUAUUGAUGAUAAAGGACAGGCUGUGUACAGUUUUGGCCGGUUUGAUUCUUCUAUAAUAAGAAUCAAGAACCCGGAAGACGGUGAAUCGCUAGAGCAGUGUGAAGAGGGCCUGGUGACAGCGGGGGCGAACAUGGGCGAGUCGCCCCUAAAGGACUGUGCUCAGGGCGUGAGAAAGAAGAAGUCCGACGGCGGCUCCUUUGGCGAGUCCACCCGGAUCCGUUGCGACGACUGUGGCUUCUUGGCAGACGGGUUGAGCGGCCUGAACGUUCACAUCGCCAUGAAGCACCCGACCAAGGAGAAGCACUUCCACUGCCUGCUGUGCGGCAAGUCCUUCUACACCGAGAGCAACCUGCACCAGCACCUGGCCAGCGCCGGCCACGUGAGGAACGAGCAGGCCAGCGUGGAGGAGCUCCCGGAGGGCGGCGCCACCUUCAAGUGCGUCAAGUGCACCGAGCCCUUCGACUCGGAGCAGAACUUGUUCCUGCACAUCAAAGGGCAGCACGAAGAGCUGCUGCGGGAGGUGAACAAGUACAUCGUGGAGGACACCGAGCAGAUCAACCGCGAGAGGGAGGAGAACCAGGGGAACGUGUGCCGGUACUGCGGGAAGAUGUGCCGCAGCAGCAACUCCAUGGCCUUCCUGGCACACAUCCGCACUCACACAGGAUCAAAACCAUUCAAGUGCAAGAUAUGCCAUUUUGCAACGGCUCAGCUUGGCGACGCCAGGAACCAUGUGAAAAGGCACCUUGGGAUGCGGGAGUACAAGUGUCACGUCUGUGGGGUUGCUUUUGUAAUGAAGAAGCACUUAAAUACUCAUCUACUAGGCAAACAUGGAGUUGGCACCCCAAAAGAAAGGAAGUUCACCUGCCACCUGUGCGACAGAAGUUUCACAGAGAAGUGGGCCCUGAACAACCACAUGAAACUCCACACGGGGGAGAAGCCGUUCAGGUGCACCUGGCCCACGUGCCACUACGCCUUCCUCACGGCCUCCGCCAUGAAAGACCACUACCGGACACACACAGGCGAGAAGUCGUUCCUGUGUGACCUCUGUGGCUUUGCGGGUGGCACGCGGCACGCCCUGACCAAGCACCGCCGGCAGCACACAGGGGAGAAGCCUUUCAAAUGUGACGAGUGUAACUUCGCCUCCACAACCCAGUCCCACCUGACGCGACACAAGCGUGUUCACACGGGAGAGAAGCCCUACAGGUGCCCCUGGUGUGACUACAGGUCGAACUGUGCCGAGAAUAUCCGCAAGCACAUUUUGCACACCGGCAAACACGAGGGGGUGAAGAUGUACAACUGCCCCAAAUGCGACUAUGGGACAAAUGUCCCUGUGGAAUUCCGGAACCACUUGAAAGAGCAGCACCCCGACAUCGAAAACCCCGACCUGGCCUACUUGCAUGCUGGCAUUGUCUCCAAGUCCUACGAGUGCCGGCUGAAGGGCCAGGGUGCCACCUUCGUGGAGACGGACAGCCCCUUCACCGCGGCCGCGCUGGCAGAGGAGGCUCCCGUCAGGGACAGGCCCCCACGGGGCCGGAGGCCGGCGGCAGCCGAGCAGGUCCAACAGGUCAUCAUUGUGCAGGGCUACGACGGGGAGCUGGCACUGGGCGCCUCGCUGGAGGAGACGGCCGCGGCCACGCUGCAGACGCUGGCCCUGGCCGGCCAGGUGGCCCGGGUGGUGCACAUCACGGAGGACGGGCAGGUCAUCGCCACGAGUCCCAGCGGGCCGCCCGGGCCGGGCCUGCCAGAGCCGCUGGCGGACGCAGCCACCCAGGUGGUGGUGGUGGGCAGCUCGAUGGAGGCCCACGGUGUGGCCGAGCCCCUCAGCCCAGGGGGCACCGUGGUCCAGCAGGGGACCAAGCAGGAGAUCUUAGACCUCAGCGAGGCCGGCAUCCCACAGCCAGACGCGGCCUCGGCCCUGGACGCCCUGCUGUGUGCCGUCACCGAGCUGGGGGCCGCAGGGGCUGGGGCCGGGCCUGACGAGAAGGGUAGCGCCGGCCACAAGGACGUGCUGGUCCAGCUGCCCGGCCCGGAGGCACCCCUCGCCGCUGCCCAGCCCGCGGGCCCCGAGGUCCACGUGCUGCAGGAGGCUGAGGACAGCCCAGCCGCCGUGGAGCCCGUGCAGGUGCUGACCCAGGUGGUCCGGCCCUCGGCCGCGGUCACCUCGCAGGAGCGUGCCCAGCUGGCCUUCAAGAAGGUGGUCCAGGGUGUCCUCCAGUUCGCUGUCUGUGACUCGGCCGCGGCCGGCCAGCUCAUGAAGGAAGGUGUCACGCAGGUCAUCGUGAACGAGGAGGGCACCGUGCACAUGCUGGCCAGGGAAGGCUCGCAGAUCAUCAUGCAGGAGGCGGAGGCCCACGGGCAGCACGUUGGGCUGGCCGAGCCGGAUGGGGAGAUCUCCCAGAUCAUUGUGACGGAGGAGCUGGUGCAGGCCAUGGUCCAGGAGUCCAGCGCCAGCUUUCCUGAGGGCGCGACCCACUACAUCGUGACUGAACUGCCCCCAGGCGUGCCGGACGAGACAGCCAUGUACUCCCACACGGUCAUAGAGACCGCGGACUCGCAGGAGCUGCUGCAGGCCGGGGCUGCGCUCAGCGCGGAGGCCAUGGUCCCCGGUGGGACCGAACAGUUGACAAGUAUGGUCAUUUACACCCAGGAGGGCUCCCCGGCAGCCACAGUCAUUCAGAGCCAAAGAGAGACUCACGAACUCCAGGAGGCCUGAGGCGGCAGUCCCAUGCGUGGCACAGGGUGGACGCCGAGGGGUCCAGCCCCCACGGGCACGGCGUCCCCUGAACAGCAGUGACAGCAGUAGCUCUGAGGAGCAGCGCCUGUCGAAAGCUCAUGGCCGCGGAUGCGUCCGCAGAGGGACGGAGGGCUGCCGAGGGCCGGGCCGCAGGGCGCAGGCAGGCAGGGCCGGGCGAGCCAGGCCGCUCCCACCGGCCUCCUGUCCUCCGCCUCCCGCUGUGCCCCGUCCUGCCGGGUGCACCCGAGCUCCCUCUUCUGCUCAUCCCCCACGGGUGCUUUCCCGUUCAGCGGUGACAGGCCCGGCCCGUGGGGGGCGGGGGGCGGUUAGCACAGUGCCUCUCGUGGCUUGAGACGCGUCUGCUCUCGCAGGCCAGCAUGGAGCUGUUUAAAUUUUAUUAUACAUUUGGUUGAAAGUCGCAGCUGUGAGCGACCCACCCCUGUUCCUUUGAGUGUUAGGAUCAGCGUCCCCAGACCAAAGGAAGCCUGUGCGUGCAUCGCGUGCAUCCGUCUGUCCUCUCUUCAGACGCGGCAGGCGACUUCACAGCUCUGGGCGCAUUCUGCUUAGAGGAGCCCUUCCAAAGCCUGUGGUCGAGGAAAGCCUUGACGUUCACGUUCGGUUAGAAUACACUUGGUUAAGACAGCCCGAUGCUUCUAAUUUUGGCUUAGUUCCCUACAAUAAAGUAUAUGAAAUGUGCACUCUAGAAAAUACCGUUCAUACCGCUAUUUUGCUUUUUCUAACGAAUGUUUGUUCAUAUCAAUAUUAUAUUCGCGGGACUUAUUUUGUCAUUUAUGUCAGCGUGAACGACUGACGUUGAACGCCAAGGACAGGAAGCCACACGCCUGCGGCUCUGGCCCCGACCAGCACUGUCUGCGUGUGGCCGCGGCGUCGCUGCCACUUUGGAAUGCAAGUUUACGUUCUACUAAUUUGUUUCUUGAUACGAUUGCUGUUCUUCCUUUCCCGGGACUGUAAGAUAAUCUCCUCCCCCAACGCACAGUUUGUUUUUGUUUCGUUUCUACUUUCUUUGAAAUAAAACUAUAGCGUUAAACGAGAA